UUACUAACUUCUUUUGAAAUAUACACUCGGACACUGGUUAUACGAAUGUAACCAUCAUGGUUCUACAGAUGUUGCUCCCCGUAAUAUAGGCUGUUCCGUAACCCUUUAAAUAGCAAAUCUCGCAGAAAUCUAUGAAGCACUAAACUUGCAUCAUGAUAUUAAUACUUCACACUAAUUUUUCCAGCCUAAUCUUAUAUAAUGUUAUUAAUACUUCAGCCUCUUCCAAAGGUGUUUGUUUUUUUCUCAGGAAAUAAAAAACCAGCAGACCACAGUACAUGGUCAUACCCAUUAGAGAGGUUUUCCUUCCCUCUAUAUAUGAAGAUGUAGCACCCUCUAUUCAGUCCCAAUCUUUUACAACCUAAGCAGAAUAUUACAGCUUCCUCUCCACAAUCAGAAUCUGCAGUUUGUCAGAAAUGAAGCCUGAACGCGUGUAUCUGGAUCAGCUAACCGAAAAAAGCAAGGGCUACAAGGUUAAGGUCAAGGUCGUAGAGAAAGGACCGGAAAGGAACUCUCCUUCAAAGGGAAUCCUAUUCCAAGGACUUGUGAUGGAAGAUGACAAGGGAAAUCGAAUGCGUGCUGCACUUUUUGGAAAUCAAAUUGAUGUCUACAAGGAAGCUAUUGAACACUUAGGGAGUUAUGAGAUAGCUAAUGCUACGUUUAAAGCCAGCGAUGAAUAUUGGAAAGCCAAAUACGCGAAAUACGGUCUGCUUGGAUACCAGAUGAGCUUUGGCUCACAGGCGGUAAUCCAACGAAUGAAUGCUGAGUCAGGGCCAGUAUUACCAGAAUACCAAUGCCUAGCCACCAUCCCAAGAGUGUAUGAUCCAACUGACAGAUUUGAUAUUGUUGCUGUUGUUCUAUACCUCGAAGAAGAAGCACGGAAAGUCACUGGAUUUGAACAACGCGAAUACUUAGUUCGUGAAAUUGUGGUGACAGACCAUAGCAAUGAGCAGCCAAUCACAAUGACUGUUUGGAACGAGCUGACUGGAGAACAUUGCAAACCGCUCUCCUCAUGGGUAGAACAGUUCACUGUUUUUGGAUUCACGGCUUUGAGAGGCAGCUUUCAUGAAGGAUUUUCCCUUGGUUCCACCAUGUCUACUAGAAUCAUUACUGAUCCAAAAGCAGAAAGAGCAGACGCAUUGAGGGAAUGGGUCAAAAAUCGCACCGACUGGCUGAGUGUAUUGGAUGUCAGGAACCCUACGAAAGAGAAGGUGAUCAUCACACUGGACUCCCUGAAGCUGAAAAGGCCAUACAACACCUUGCAAGAGCAACGCCAUUGGCUAAGGGUUACAAUACCCAACCCUCAAAUGAGCACGAUCAAUGCAUACCUGGGGUGCUCUGCUUGUGGACGGCGUGGAGACAUUCCAGCAGGGACAUCCUACACUUGCACCAGAUGUAAGGCAGAUACCGUGUCUACUCCCAAGUAA